CAAGAAUGACCAAAAAGAGAAAACGCCAAGAUGAUUUUCAAAAAGUAAAACUAAAAGUUGGUAAAAAGAAGCCCAAGUUAGAAAAUGCUACUGUUACAAACUUUAAAACGAAGACUAUACAUCUGCCUGAGCAGCUCAAAGAGGAUGGAACACUUCCAACAAACAAUAGAAAACUUAACAUAAAGGAUUUGCUGUCACAGAUGCAUCACUACAAUGCUGGGGUUAAACAAAGUGCUCUUCUUGGACUUAAAGACCUUUUGUCUCAAUACCCAUUUAUAAUUGAUGCACACCUUUCAAACAUAUUAAGUGAAGUGACUGCUGUGUUUACAGAUAAAGAUGCUAAUGUACGAUUAGCAGCAGUUCAACUUCUUCAAUUCCUGGCCCCCAAAAUACGAGCUGAACAAAUUUCUCCAUUUUUUCCUUUGGUAAGUGCCCAUCUCUCUAGUGCCAUGACUCACAUUACUGAAGGAAUUCAGGAGGACUCCUUAAAAGUUUUGGACAUUCUGCUGGAACACUACCCAGCUCUAAUUACUGGCCGUAGCAGUAUAUUGCUUAAGAAUUUUGUAGAACUUAUUUCUCAUCAGCAGCUGUCCAAAGGACUGGUAAAUAGAGACAGAUCCCAGUCCUGGAUACUUUCUGUAAAUCCUAAUCGGAGACUCACUUCUCAGCAGUGGAGGCUGAAAGUCUUAGUGAGACUCAGUAAAUUCCUUCAGGCCUUGGCAGAUGGAUCCAGUAGGUUGAGAGAAAGUGAAGGACUUCAGGAACAAAAAGAAAAUCCCCAUGCCACUAGCAACUCCAUUUUUAUCAACUGGAAGGAACAUGCCAACGACCAGCAACACAUCCAGGUUUAUGAAAAUGGGGGUUCACAGCCAAAUGUCAGUUCACAGUUCAGGCUACGGUACCUGGUUGGAGGACUAGGCAGUGUGGAUGAAGGCCUGUCAUCUACUGAAAACUUGAAAGGAUUUAUUGAGAUAAUAAUUCCGUUGCUAAUUGAGUGCUGGAUUGAAGCUAUGCCUCCACAACUAGCUUCUUCUGUUGGAAAUGGUAUAGAACGAGAACCUCUGCAGGUUAUGCAGCAAGUUCUUAAUAUUAUUUCCCUUCUGUGGAAACUCUCUAAACAACAUGAUGAAACCCAUAAAUUGGAGUCGUGGCUUCGAAAGAAUUAUCUUAUUGAUUUCAAACACCAUUUUAUGAGUCAUUUUCCAUAUGCCUUAAAAGAAAUAACCAAGAACAGAAAGAAAGAAACAAAUAAAAGCAACAAGCAUUGCAUGAUUCUCUCCAAUAAUGUAGAUCAUCUCUUACUGAAUUUAACACUGUCUGAUAUCAUGGUCUCCUUGGCAAAUGCCUCAACUUUGCAAAAGGAUUCCAAUUGGAUAGAAAUGAUAAGGAAAUUUGUGACAGAGACCCUUGAAGAUGGCUCUAGGCUAAAUAGUAAGCAGCUGAACAGAUUGCUUGGGGUAUCGUGGAGGUUAAUGCAGAUACAACCAAACAGAGAAGCUACAGAGUCUCUCAUAAAGGCAGUUUAUACAUUGUAUCAGCAAAGGGGCCUUCUCCUUCCAGUUCGGACUUUGUUACUGAAGUUUUUCAGUAAAAUCUAUCAAAAAGAAGAACUGCGAUCUUACAGAGUCAGAUACCGUAGUAAAGUGAUAUCCCGUUGGCUGGCUGGUUUACCAUUGCAACUCGCUCAUCUGGGCUCCCGAAACCCUGAGCUCUCAACACAGCUUAUUGAUAUCAUCCAUACUGCUGCAGCACGAGCAAAUAAAGAAUUACUAAAAAGUUUACAAGUGACUGCUCUCCGAAUCUAUGAUCCACAAGAAGGCACUGUGGUGGUUCUCCCAGCAGAGUCUCAGCAGCGUUUGGUCCAGCUUGUAUAUUUUCUACCCAGUCUGCCUGCUGAAUUGCUUUCUCGGUUAAGUCGUUGCUGUAUUAUGGGAAGACUCAGUUCAAGUUUGGCUGCCAUGCUUAUCGGGAUACUGCACAUGAGAUCAUCAUUUUCUGGAUGGAAGUAUUCAGUUAAAGACUGGUUGAUGAGUGAUGUGGACUAUUUCAGCUUCUUAUUUUCAACACUUACAGGGUUUUCAAAAGAGGAGUUGACUUGGCUUCAGAGCCUUCGAGGAGUUCCUCAUGUCAUCCAGACACAGCUUUCCCCUGUGCUUCUUUAUCUUACGGACUUGGAUCAAUUUUUACACCAUUGGGAUGUAACAGAGACAGUUUGUCACAGCUUAUUGGUUAUCCCUGCCCGAAGCCAGAGCUUUGACAUCCUGCAAAGUGCCAUCAGUAAGCAUUUGGUUGGGCUGACUGUGAUUCCUGACAGCACGGCUGGCUGUGUUCUGGGUGUUAUCUGUAAGCUCCUGGAUCAUACAUGUGUACUGAGUGAGACUCUACUGCCGUUUCUGGCUUCGUGUUGCUACAGUCUUCUUUAUUUUUUGCUCACUUUAGAGAAAGGAGAAGCAGAACAUCUAAGAAAGAGGGACAAGCUGUGGGGGGUCUGUGUCUCCGUCCUGGCUCUCCUGCCUCGAGUCCUCAGGCUGCUGCUGCACAGCCUGCGCGUGAACAGAGCUGGGCCUGAGGAGCUGCCUGUUGUGGGCCAGCUCCUUCGCCUGCUGCUUCAGCACGCACCCCUCAGGACUCAUAUGCUGACCAAUGCCAUCUUGGUGCAGCAGAUCAUCAAGAAUAUCAUGACGUUGAAGAGUGGAGGCAUUCAGGAGCAGUGGCUCACAGACUUACAUUAUUGCUUCAACGUGUACAUUACUGGGCACCCCCAGGGGCCCAGCACGUUGAAUGCGGUGUAUUGAAGUAGCACCAUAGCACCUCCCGUUUGAAACUGUUUAUUCACAUCUAUCUAAUUUUGAAGAGAGACUGAUGUAAUAAAUGUUUGUCAUUAAAGCUGAACUUUUAAAGAA